AUGGGUAAAAUGCUUCCCCUGAUUGUUCCGGCAGAUAUUGAUACGCCUCGGACCGUGAUUGUCUUGGAAGAUAAUGUGAUUCCCCCACGUAGUGAGGCAAUCAUUGCUGGAAAGGUGGACAAUUCCUUCGUGGCCUGUUGUGAGGCCAGUGGUUACUGGCAGGUGGAGUUGGAUCCUGUGGAUAAAUAUAAGACUGCGUUUAUCACUCGCCAGGGUCUGUUUGAAUUCAAUGUCCUUAGUUUUGGUCUUUGUAAUAGUCCAAGUACAUUUCAGCGACUGAUGGAUCUGGUGCUGGCAGAUCUUCAGUGGACUACCUGUCUGGUGUACUUGGACGAUAUUAUUAUAUUUGGACGGACCUUCCAGGAACAUUUGGGCCGUCUGGAUGAAGUUUUGAUAAAACUACGCCAGGCUAACCUCAAAGUCAAGCCCACUAAGUGUAACUUAUUUGCCACUCAGGUGCAGUAUUUAGGACACAUCAUCUCAUCAAAGGGGGUGAAAGCAGAUCCCGCCAAAGUGGAGGCUGUGCGUCAGUGGCCGGUGCCCAAAAAUCAAACGGAGGUCAGGAGUGUUGUGGGUUUAGCCUCGUACAAUCGGAGGUUUGAGAAGGGGUUUGCUGAGAUAGCCCGCCCGCUGCACCAGCUCACUGAGAAAGAAAUUACAAGCAAAAGUGAAAGAUCGGUUCUAUUGGCUGGCUGGUUUGGGGAUGUGAAGCGAUGGUGUCGUGAGUGUGUGGAUUGUGGGUCCAGGAAAGCUGUAGGGAAACAAUGGCGGGCCCCACUCCAAUCGGUGGUAACCUCGAGGCCCUAUGAGCGGGUGGCAGUGGAUAUUUUGGGACCUCUUCCCGAAACCCCCAAAGAAAACAAAUAUAUUGUAGUUAUUGGCGAUUACUUUUCCAAAUGGAUGGAGGCGUUCCCUUUUCCUAAUCGGGAAGCGGAGACAGUGGCUAAAUUGCUGGUUGAACAGUGGGUGUGCCGCUUUGGAGCCCCCAGGAUAAUCCAUACUGAUCAGGGCCGAAAUUUUGAAUCCAGGUUAUUUAAAGAAGUGUGCCAGUUGCUGAACAUUUAUAAGACCAGGACGUCACCGUAUCAUCCUCAAUCGGAUGUGAUGGUUGAAAGGUUUAACAGAACACUGGCCUCUAUGUUGUCUCUGUUUGUAGAUGAUAACCAAGCUAACUGGGACAUCCUGUUGCAGUAUGUGAUGAUGGCCUAUAGAAGCAGCGUUCACUCCAGUACUGGGUUUACACCCUAUAAAGUGGUUUUUGGGAGAGAGAUCAUCCUUCCUGUCGAUGUUAUGCUUAAUGUUACCAGCCAAGAGGGUGCAGAGAGUCCACGGAUAGCUGGCGUCCCACCUAAGGAGACCUGGCUGCAGACUUCAGAUUCUACAGCGGGUCGAGAGAGCGAGGUGGCAGUGCCAGGGGCCAGAUCUGAGGUGCCUCCAGUCACACCUAGGAGUGGAGCAAGUGGUGUGCCAGGAAGCAGUGCUGCCUCAGUGGGAUCACAAUGGCAAAGGGACCGGCUGGCUCCGACCACACAGGACCAAAGUGGUCAAGGAUCUUCACACACUGGGCAUAUGCAACCAUCCAUGACUAGCCAAGUUCCAAUGACUGGGGAGGUCCAACAAGGUGGAACAUUAUCCAAGGACUUGCAUCUAGGACGAGCAAAAAGGGCACCAAUGUGGUCCCGGGACUAUGAGAUAUUUUGA